AUGUCGUCCACAAGAAUGCUCCACAAUGGGCUGGCCCCGUUGCUUGCGUCAAAGAUGCUCAGAAGCUCUUCAAUCCAUGCAGACUUGAAGACCAAGCCAACAAUUUCCUUUCUUCAAAAAAAUAGUUACACCAAGAGAACUGCUAUUGCAUUUUCAAAUACUGGCAUCAACACAAGAGCCAUGAGAGUUUUACCUUUAAGGCUGUCUCAACAAACCUUUGAUGAAUUGACUGCAAAAAUUCCAACGACAGUUAUCAGCGAUCAUGUUCUUGUCUCUUUGGAUUCCAACACGACAUCUCCGUUAUUACUCAACAACAUUUUUGAAUCGGUUUACGCAGCAACCAUGGCAUUACCUUAUGUCAAGUCCAUUUCAGAGGAAGAGACACCUGAAACCAGCCCCGAACAGUCAUGCAAGCACAGCCUAGAAUGCAUCGAACAUCAGUGCGCAUCUCGCGAUCAAGAUAAACUGAUGUUGAAGAAUCCAACACAAAAUGACUUCUCUUCUGAAGAUGGCUGCCGCUUCCGAAAGUUUCCAGAAUCCCCCCUCGAAGUCCAAUGCAUGAUAUGGGAUUUCUCUAUGGAAGAAGAUCGCAUCAUUGAAGUCCAUGUCACCAAGCGUUGCGCAAGUUGGAUGAUUGUUUAUGCGUCUACUGAUGCUAAGAAUCCAGCAAUCCUUAGCGUCUGCCAAGUAGCUAGAGAACGAGGAUUGAGACGUUACAGACCAUUGUCCGUUGCGAAUUCCUGGAAACGAGACAAGAAGAUGUACGACGAUAGACAAACUCUGUUGGGGCUUCCAUUGGACUUUGUUGGUCCUGAAGCUGCAAUGACUAACUUCAAGUGCUACAUCAACUUUGAUCGAGACACUGUGUUUAUCAACUCCAGCCAUUUUCGCAUCUACAGCGAUGCUUUGGAGGUCGGUGACAACACCUGGCGCGAAGAUCUUGGCUACCAAUUCUUGAAGGACCUAUUUUUCUCCACAGCUGGUGAUCGAAUUCAAAAGCUUGCCAUAGACUACUUGCUGGCAGAGAAGUGGUUCGAUAAUGAUCGCAACAAUUGGCAAUACUGCCAAGUUUUGGCGGCAAUGCCCAAAUUACAGCAACUCGCCAUUGUAUGGACCGGACAUCACCACUUUCAGCGUGUGAUUCAGAAUGAGUGCUGCCGCACGAGACAAAUCGAGAUUCUAACGGAUGAAGCAUUGUCUGAUGAGAUGCGCUACAGUGCCAAGUUCCCUAGCGACCAUCACAAUCGUGUACGCAAGCUUCACAGGAUGAAAGGCCUAGGCCCAUAUCUUGGAGAGGGAUGGAUUAGCGACCGAUUUGCUUCCGGCGAAACCUCCACCAUCUGGAAGAGCAACAUCAUCACCGCAAUUCAAGAGAAUCGACCGGUAGACCCAGCUAAUUAUCCACCCAAUUCUUUUCACUUUACUGCGGAGGGAAAUUCGAGAUACCGAGAUUUGUGUCAACUGGAAUUUGCCGAAGUCGCCGCCGAAAGAGAAUGCUAGAAUAGAAGUAUGCAUGGGGAUUUUUCUUUUCGAAAUGACCGGAUGGAAUUAAUAUUAGUGGGUUGAGGUGUUUAGGAUGACCGAUGUUGAUCAUUGGUGUAAUCAUGGAUUGUGUUUUCCGGUUUCUUUUGCUUGCUGGAUGGAGAGAUGCUGGGUUUGAAUGAUGAUAUUGCUUUGAGUGGGCUGGUGUUUUGAUGUAUCAUUUAUUUGGUCGUUUUGCGGUAUUGAUUUCUGAGUUUGCAUGAAGUUCGUCUUUUCUUUUCGUCCCUGGAGGAUGGAUUACUUGCGAGGUGUGUUAAUGGGAGAUGGCCAUAUCGAGGUCUGAGAUUCGAGAGUAACUAAUGUUUAAUAUAUAAAAAAUGCUACUGAUAUUGAUUCCGAUAUGAUAAUGUG